CUAGCCGCAUAAUUUUUUUUUGUUCCACAAUUCCGAUCCAGUCUCCGGCUCACUCACUGUCUCCCCGCCGUCUCUCUCCAGUUGCGCCGCGCCCCUCCAAAUCUCAACGGACAAUGCCCGCUCUCCUCUAAGAAUCCGUCCUAUGGCGCUGAUGGGCUGCUUCUCCGACAGAGAUUAGGGUUCCUGAAUUCCUUUCCUCUUCCCUUCUAAUACGCAAGGCAUAAUUCCGCCAUAGGAUUCCAUUCCUUGCUAAUGAGUUAAAAUGAAUCGCAGCCAUUCUGCUUUAGGGGACAUCUAGGACGGACGCUUCGAAUAGAGCACGCGGGGAAAAGUUGGGGAAGGAGCAGAGGAUUGUAAUUGGAUUCUUGCAUUUGUCUUCUUCUUCGUGUUGUCUUUCUUCGUUCUUGGGGAUUUGUGAUUUCGCAUCUGAAUUUGGGGAAUUCGGCAGCUGAAGCAAAUGUCCUACAUGGAUGUCGCCGUCCCUUCGAUCCCCGCCAAGUUCAAGUCGGAGAAGUCGUACCAUCACCAUCAUCAUCGUUUCCUUCGCUGGCACCACUUCUCCUUCCCCAAGCUCCUUACCUUGUCCUUCUUCGCCGCGGCUAUCCUAUUUGCCUUCUUUCUCAUCUCCCCACAUUCCUCCUCCGCAGUUUCGCGUUCUUCCCCCACAACCGAGCGGCGUUCUCUACGCACCUCUUCCUCGGCUGCCUGGGGCGGCCCCGAGUGGGAGAAACACGUCCGCUCCUCCGCACGCAUACGGCGUCGUCCUUUUGGCAUCUCUGUGCUUGUAACCGGCGCAGCUGGCUUUGUCGGCACUCAUGCCAGUAAUGCCCUCAGGCGCCGCGGCGAUGGCGUGGUUGGUCUCGACAACUUCAACAAUUACUACGAUCCCUCCUUGAAACGCGCACGCCAGGCUCUCCUCUCCAAAUCUGGCGUCUUCCUGGUCGAAGGUGACAUCAAUGAUGCCCUCCUACUCAGCAAGCUUUUCGAUCUCGUCACCUUCACCCAUGUCCUCCACCUCGCGGCCCAGGCGGGGGUCCGAUACGCGAUGGUGAAUCCUGGAUCCUACGUUCGUAGCAACGUAGCCGGCCUUGUCUCCAUUCUCGAGGCCGCGCGCUCUGCCACCUCCCAGCCGGCAAUUGUGUGGGCAUCCUCCUCCUCCGUGUACGGCCUCAACACCCAAGUCCCCUUUUCGGAAUCCCACCGAACUGACCGCCCAGCGUCCCUCUAUGCCGCCAGUAAGAAGGCUGGUGAGGAGAUUGCGCAUGUAUAUAACCACAUAUACGGUCUCUCAAUUACUGGCCUUCGCUUCUUUACUGUUUAUGGUCCUUGGGGCCGCCCUGAUAUGGCCUACUUCUUCUUCACAAGGGACAUUCUUGCCGGCAAGUCCAUCACAAUCUUUGAAGGCUCUGAUGGCGCCACAAUUGCCCGUGACUUCACCUACAUUGACGACAUUGUGCAGGGUUGCCUUGCAUCUCUGGAUACCGCCCAGAAGAGCACGGGCAGCGGCGGGACAAAACAGGGACCAGCUCAGCUCCGUGUCUUCAACCUUGGUAACACCUCCCCCGUUCCUGUUGUUGAGCUUGUCGCCAUUCUUGAGCGUCACCUCAAGAUGAAGGCCAAGCGUAAGGUUGUCAAGAUGCCAAGGAAUGGAGACGUUCAAUUUACUCAUGCAAACAUCAGUUUGGCGAAGAAAGAGCUCGGUUAUCAUCCGACUACUAACCUGCAGACGGGGCUGAAAAAGUUCGUGAAAUGGUACCUAACCUACUACGCUCCUCCUUCAGGAUCAUACUUGAACAAGAAGGGAAGAAGUGGCAGCAGCAGCAACUCCAGCUGAUGGUAAAUGCGGACGACGGGAGUACGUUGUCUGCAUCCAAAUCUUUCUAUUAUCAUUUACGGAAAGAAGAGGGGACUGGAGUCUGGAAACGGAGGGUUUUGAAUUGGAGGUGUUUCUUGUUUGCAGGAUAUUAUUAUUUUUCUUGACCCUCAAUAUAAGAAAAGGAAGCACAAUUUCCUUUCUGCUGCGCUGCUUCCGGCGUGUGCUUUUAUACUUUAUUCAAAACCAAAUAUCAGGAGAGCCUCUUUUCUUUUGUGAUCUUUUCUAUUAGCUUCCGGCUGUAAUUGAAUUCUUAAUGUACUUGUUCAUUGAUUUAAUUUUUUAACCAUAUCAUGACAUGCAGUUUCUUUGAAUAAAUGGAAAACUUACUUUGGGUUUAUUAAA